AUGGAUUCUUUAAGUGAUUUGUCCAUCAAUUGUGCAGAUCAAAUUGAUGGGAUUAUUGUGAGAGAAGAAAGUAGAUAUCAAAGAAAAGGUAUAAAUGAAUUAUAAAACGAAGGCUAUGGUUUAAUAUUUGCUGUAACUUUGACAAUGUUGGGUUUUUGUGUAUUCCCUUAAUAAAUAUAAUUUUAACUUUUAUCCUAGCUUCAAAGCUUUUAGCGUAAUAGUUUAAUAAAAUUCUAUGUAGCUCAUUAUAUAUAAAUGAUUAUUAUGAUAUCUACAUAACUAAUAGGUUUCUCUUUAGGUAACUUAGCAAUGUAUUUGAUUUAUAAAGCUAACUCACCAUUUUUUGAAAAUUAUAGAACUAGAAAGGUUUAAAAAUAAAAAUAUAAUAAAGAAUCCAUGGCCAUGGGAUGAAAACCCAGAAGCUUGGAAGGAAAAACGAGUUUAAGUUUGGAAAAGUACUUGUAUAAAUAUGAGUUUGGGAAUAAUGAUGUGUAUCAUAGACUGUUAUUUGAGUCCUAAGUUAAGGACUGAUCUGGAUUCAUUUCCAAGCCUAUUUGAGAUGAUUUGGUAAAUUGUUUUUUCAAUGAUAAUUGAAGAUACAUGUUUUUAUUGGUCACAUCGAACUUUACAUUCUCCAAAACUCUAUUCAAAAAUUCAUAAAAAACAUCAUGAAUUCUAUACAAGUAUAUCUUAUGCUGCUGUAUAUGCCCAUCCAAUUGAAUACAUGUUUGGUGAUGUUAUUCCAGUUUUUGUUGGAUAUAAAAUAUUAGGUUCUAAAAUGCAUAUCGCUACUAUAUGGCUAUGGUUAAUCAUGAGAAUAGGAGAAACUAUAGAUGGUCAUAGUGGUUAUGAAUUCCCUUGGAGUCCAUUUAGAAUAUUACCAUUCUCUAGUAGUGCUGAAUCACAUAAUUAUCAUCAUUCUCAUAAUGAUGGUAAUUAUGGUAGUUUCUUUACAUAUUGGGAUACAAUUAUGGGUAGUGAUAAAUCAUAUAAUUCUUUCAUUAAAAAAAAGUAUAGAAAUGUCAACAAAAUAUAACAAAAAAAACAAGAAUGA